UGACAUCAGAGCAACGACAAUUCAAUCUCAACGUCAACUAAAGUAACGGUCAUCCCGUGGAAACUUUGGAUUUGUCCUUUUACCGCUGGACAACAUGAGUCUAAAGAGGGACAAGCUGUUGGAUGGACUGGAACAGAGUUUAUACACCCUAACCAAGGACAACUUAUGUUACCUGUGCGUUCGUUGUGGAAUAGGAUCCGAGGAUCGGUUCAAAGGUAAAGAAAACAGUGAACGCACGCUGCGGCGUCAAAUCAUGGAGGAAAUCUGGGAAAAUGAGGAUUCAAAGUCUUGGUUACUCCGACUGAAAGAGGACAUCAGAGGUAUACAGGAGGAUGGUAUACAGGAGGAUGGUAUACAGGAGGAUGGUAGACAGGAGGAUGGUAGACAGGAGGAUGGUAGACAUGUAACCGUGAGCUCCAGUGCAUCAAGCAGCGUGUCCUCGAGUCCCAGCCAGUCUGAUGGUGAUGGGGACGCUGCAGACUGCCGUGAAGCUGGGAAGCCUCGACAGUCGGAAGUGACUCAGCGAACACACACUGGAGAGAAGCCUUACUGUUGUAGUCAGUGUGGGAAGACAUUCACACAGUCAGGAAGCCUGGCAACUCAUCUGAGAACACACACCGGAGAGAAACCGCAUAGCUGUGAUGUAUGUGGGAAGACUUUUAACGUAGCCUUCAAUCUGAACCGACACCAGCGAACACACACUGGAGAGAAACCCUACAGCUGUGAGAAGUGUGGGAAGAGCUUUUCUCAGUCAGGCCUACUGGCCAGCCACCGUCGUUCGCACACAGGAGAGAAACCGUAUGUCUGUGAUCAGUGUGGGCAGAGCUUUGUCAAUCCGGGAUCCCUGGCAAAGCACAAGCGAAAACAACAUGCUGGAGAGAAGCCUUACAGCUGUGCGGAUUGUGGGAAGAGUUUCUUUGAAUCACAUACCCUGGCUAACCAUCGGAGGACACACACAGGAGAGAAGCCUUACAGCUGUGAUCUAUGUGGGAAAAGUUUUGCUCUGUCAGGAACCCUGAUUAAACAUAAGCUGACUCAUACAGGAGAGAAACCGUACUGCUGUGACCGGUGUGGGAAGAGCUUCCGUGAAUCAGGCAGGUUGAAAGUUCACCAGAGAAUGCACACUGGAGAGAAACCUUACGGCUGUGAUCAAUGUGGGAAGAAAUUUGGUCAUUCGCAACACCUGAAAGAACACCUGCGAACGCACACAGGAGAGAAGCCAUUUAGCUGUGAUCAGUGUGAGAGGAAAUUCACUCAACCACAACACCUGAAAUCCCACAUGAGAACACACACUGGAGAGAAGCCGUUUGUCUGUGAUCAGUGUGAGAAGAGAUUCGCUCAUUCGCAACAACUCAAAGCACACCUGCGAAUGCACACCGGAGAGAAACCUCAUAUCUGCGAUCAGUGUGAGAAGAAAUUCGCUCAUUCGCAACACCUGAAAGAUCACAUGCGAACACACACAGGAGAGAAGCCGUACAUCUGUGGAGAAUGUGGAAAGAGCUUUGCUAGAACAGGAACAUUGAAAGUGCACCAGAAAUCACACGCAACAGGUGAAGUGUGUACCAAUCUGCCUCCCCAGGAUCAGUUCCAGAACCCUCAAAUAAAUCUGAACAGCACAAAGUUCCAGAUCCAUCUGCCUCAAAUAAAUCUGAACAGCACAAAGUUCCAGAUCCCAGGAUCAGUUCCAGAACCCUCAAAUACAUCUGAACAGCACCAAGAUCAGUUCCAGAACCUUCCAUAA